AUGAGCGUUACACAAGAUGCCAAGAUGAUGGACGCAGAUGUGCACGUAGAUGAUAAUAUUUUUCGUCGAUCUGUGAUUGUGCGAUGGAAAUCGGCAACCGACGUAAAUGAGAUUAUGCGAACAUUUUUUGAUCACGGAUUUGGCGUUAAUAAUCUGGACAACUUGAAAACAUCAAUAUCGGAUGAUGAUAGUAAUUUUCUGUUUGUAGAGUUCGAUAAUGAAUCCACCUCCCAAUUUUUGGGUAGCUCAGAUUCAAAAGUUGGAGGAAAUUCGUUUAGAGUAUCUCAGGAGAUUGAAGCAUAUGGUAAAGGGAAAGUAAUUCGAGCAUUUUAUGCGAUUCUUUCACUUAAUGAAGAAGUUCGACGUCGAUUUCGUGUGUUCCAUAUUGCAAACUCACGAACACCGUUACUCGUUCUUGAAAGCAAAAUUCUCGAAGGUUUAAAAUUUGAUAUUUCAAUUAAUAAUGCGGCUGCUGUGAACAAAGCGCUACUAAUUUCACAAUGGAUCGAGAGCGACAAAUCAAAAGUGAUGGGAUUUACGGUUCAAAACAUUCAUAAUAUCACUCCAACACCAAUCGUAGUUUUGGAUCCAAGUGACGUAACGCAUAAUAUAGCUGCACAAGUAACCAUAAACGGUCUGAGACGUUUCAACGUUCUCAUACGAAACGGAUUGCUCAUUCUGAAACAAAAGGAUUUGCGGAUUAACGCUCUUCUGUCCACUCACUUGCAUGCCCUAAAUAUUUUACGACAAAAGGCUGCUCUUUCAAAUCCGGAUCAAAACAAAUUCACUGUUGUGCUACCUGAUGUCGUUCAAACUCCGCGUGAUAUUUUCGUGUUGAUGUCGAAAAUCCUCUCGUUUCAUUUAAGCGAAGAAGAUUUUGAAUCCACCAACUUUGAGCGACCAUUUACUUUAAUAACAUACGGAAAAUCGUGGAUUGGAAGACGAGGAACCAAAUUUAGGCUAAAGCAGAAUCAUCAGUAUCCUUCGAACCUGCAUCUUGAACUAGCUGUUUCUCGAAGUCUUCAGCCAAAUUAUGGAAAUGAUCCUGUUGCAGUUAUAGUUGUAUGCCUAAAAGAAAUUGAUGAAACUAAACUAGUUGAAAUCGAAGUGAUCGAAGGAUCUGUCGUCGAUAUGCGAAAUGCGAUGCAUUUUUUGUUUGAUCAGUUUAUUACGAAUAAUUUGGAAGAUUUGAGAACUGUCGGCAUUUCCGCUCUAAACGGUUUAUAA